AAUUCGCUUCCACUCUAUGCAGGAUACGACCCUGACCCCUAUGUGACAUGCCCAGUGCCAUGAUUCAACGAUUUGCAAUGGACUGAUUUGUCCACAACCUACGAGAAGGUAUCCACUACGGAGUAAUGUGUUUGCCUAUCCUUUACCCUUUCUUGUGAUUUUGAUCUGCUACAUAAUGUGUCAGCGCUUCUGUAGCUAACUAACUAACUAACUAACUGCAGGUUUCAGAGCUUCUCGCACCAUCCUCUGGCUCAUUGCUGCGGCCACCCGCUGCGUUAAAUAUCCCUAGCCAGUCGAGCUGCCUGCUAUAAACAUGAUACCCCAUCGGAGUACGACUCUGAUCUCAAUCAUUGUAUUUGUCGCCCUUCUCUUGUUAAUAUUCUCUUCCUCCCCGCGUUCCAGUUCCUUCAGCGAAGAGAUUUCCGCCGCGACCAAGUAUGUGCCAAAAUUCCCCUCGUUCGACGACUUGCACCUGCCUUCUUUCCACCCGACGGCACACCAGCCCCCCGAGGCGCAACAGAACAGCUCGAGCGGCGAUUCAAAGUGGUUCAGCAAUUGGCAGUGGAUCAACCCCUUUUCGUCUUCCAUUACCCUCGACGAAAACCGAGCUGUCCUGCCUCCCCUUCGAGAGCGGCCUUAUAUCUACACCUACUAUGAUCCAAACAAAGGAAAUAGCAGGGAUGACGAGGAUGCGGAUGCCCAAUUGCUGCUUGCAUGGCGUCGCGCUUGGUAUGCGCAGGGAUUCCGUCCGGUGGUUCUAGGCCACGGAGAGGCGAUAGCCAAUCCGCUGUAUGAGGUUGUGAAACCCCUGGAUUUGAACGUUGACCUGGAAAAGGACAUUCUCCGGUGGCUUGCUUGGGGACACAUGGGCGAUGGCUUGCUCGCUGACUGGCGCUGCUUCCCAAUGGCGAGAUAUGAUGAUCCUACUCUCGCCGAUUUGCGACGAGGCACUGAUCCGGACUUCAUUACCAGAUUUCACCGACUUGACGGUGGUCUAUGUUCUGGUCAGAAGGACAAGAUUAACAAUGCGAUCAAGGAGGCGAUCGCCAAGACAGACGAAAAAUUCUCAAAAUCUGUGGUAGACGCUUUACCGAACGAAAUGUUCAAGAUCGAGGAGUCCAGCUCUUUGGCCUUCUACGACUCCACUACAGUUAGCUCUCACUACCCAACUCUCGUAGAGAAGUCUGCCUCCUCCCCGUCGGCCGGCCGGCUCGCGCUGGUGGAGCUCAUUAACUCGCACUUAAGAACUACGUUUCGGAACACCUUUCCCGGAGGCAUUGCUAUUCUAAAGCCCUUUCCCCAGAACACCACCGCGCUGGUUGAGCCAGCAUUGCGGCUCGCCAAAGCUCUUGGUCAAUGUUCGGGCUCUGUGGAGCCUUCAUCUUGCCCUCCAAACUUACAAAAAUGUCGACCCUGUGAUCCCGAGCAACCGAUGCUUAUCAGCCAGCCCGCGACCUACAGGAACAACACCCAAGUUUUCACUAUCGGCACACUCCCGCACCCGUAUACCUUGAUCAGCUUGCAGCAACACUCCGUAGAGGUGACCACCCGACAUGUCCGACGAGAAACCGAGCGUGAUACGUGGCUAAAGGAGGUUACUAGUGAGCAUUUAGGCCGCGCCCUCGGUGGAGCUCCCCGAGCGGCUGUUUUCAAGAAAGCGGUCGCGGACGAUUCCGUGAUCGGGACUUCUCUCUGGAUGACAGUUGAGUCGCUGCCUCCCAAGGUUGGUCAAGCUUUGCCGUCCGAAUUGUUAGACGAGUUUGAGUGGCAGUUCGGAUUCAAGAUCCCGCGAGAUACCAACGUCGAUGCCAAGAAUGAGGGUGAAGCCAAAGAAUCCAUGCAGCAUGCCAAUCCGAGCCAGCAAGGGGUUGCGGCCGAAUACGAGAUCCUCCGACUCGCCCGGGAAGGGUUGAAGAGCAAAGAUACCAACCGGAUCAACAUUAAAGACGUGGCAGAAGCGUGGAAUCUAGCGGACACGGAGGUGUGGCGGUUUGUCAAGGCAUACCGGGCACGGAGCAUUGUGGAACGACAGAAGUGGGAGGAGGAUGAAAAGGACUUUCUCGGGGCCCGACCCAAGGCAUAAUAGAUGGACGCAAUAGACCCUUUCUUUGCAUAGGAAGAUUCGCGCGAGGAGUCCAAUUAGUUGGUUACAGAGGUACUGUCCGUUCACUUUGGCGUUGGGAUGAUAAACAUUAUAUCUUUAUUACUAUAAGCGACGUUUUAUUCGACCAGGAUAUAUAAUUCU